ACUCGCUCCGUCUCCUCCUUCUCCUCCACCAUGGCCACCUCACAGAGCCGACUGCCGGCAGCCGUGGCGCUGCUGCUGCUGAUGGCGGCCGCCACGCCGGCGCACGCCAGGAGGUUCGGCCGCUGCGAGCUGGCCAGGGAGCUGCGCUACCGCCACGGCCUGCCCUGGGACCAGCUCGCCACCUGGGUCUGCAUCGCCAACUACGAGUCCAACUUCGACACCGCGGCUGUCGGCCGCCUCAACGGCGACGGCAGCCUCGACCACGGCAUCUUCCAGAUCUCCGACAAGUACUGGUGUUCGCCGCCGGGCCACGGCUGGGCCUGCGGCAUCUCCUGUGACCGGCUGCAGGACGACGACAUCUCGGACGACGUGACGUGCGCGCGCCGCAUCCACGCCGAGCACCAGCGGCUCUCCGGGGACGGCUUCAACGCGUGGACCGUCUACCGCCAGCACUGCAGCGGCGGCCGCGCCGGCCGCUUCCUCAACGGCUACACUGUAGCGAUUGUCAGUUCCAUUCCAAGAAUGCUUGGAAACAGCUCAGUUCGCACUCAGCUAAGAGCAAGUGACAGGGGAGACCACACGGCAUUCAGAGGCCGCGCCGUGCGCGGGCGGACUUUGCCCAGUUUGGCUGCGCCGAGGAGUGCCAAUUGCCCGCGGCUGCCUCCCCCACCGCUCCCGCGGCGGCUGGCGCGUCUUCCCACGGCGCCCCCACCUGCGGCGGCCGCCCGCCGGGCCCGGCGCCGCGCUCGCCACACCAGUCUCCCAGCAUCCUCCGACGCGAUGCGACGACCUCCUCAGCCGCUGACGCUGCCGGCGCUGAUUUGGACGGCGCUGGCGGCCGGCGCGUGGCUGGCGCUGGCGCGCGCCAAGACGUUCGAGCGCUGCGAGCUGGCGCAGGAGCUGCGCUACCGGCACGGGCUGCCCGCGGCCCAGGUGCCCACCUGGGUGUGCAUCGCGCGCUUCGAGUCGCUCUUCAACACGUCCGCCGUGGGCAGGCUCAGCGGCGGCAGCCUCGACCACGGCCUCUUCCAGGUGUCCGACGCCUACUGGUGUUCGCCGCCAGGGCGGGGCACGGCGUGCGGGCUGUCCUGCGACAAGCUGGUGGACAACGACAUCUCGGACGACGUGGAGUGCGCGCUGCGCGUCUACCGCGAGCACCAGCGGCUCUCCGGGGACGGCUUCAACGCGUGGGUGGUCUACCAGCGCUUCUGCAGCCGCGGCCGCGCUGACCACUACGUCGACGACUGCUUCGAGAAGCCGGUCAACGCCAACGUCGUCUGACGGUCGGGCGCUCAGUCCUCUGUACGCCUCGUGCCCCUCACCAGUGGCCACUGCUUCAGUGACUUCAACUUUUAAAUCUGGUAAUCUAAGAGGAAUUUUAUGUGGCAUCUUCGUGUCCCCCCCCCCCCCCCACCUUCCCACCUAGCCCCCCCCCCCCACUACCCGCCUGCUUUCGCCCUCCCCCCCCCCCCCCCCAAAUCGCAAGGAGUCGUUUUGGGGCAGAUACGGUUUACAUCAUCAAUCAACAUCGUCAGGUAUUAGCACUAUUUAUAGUCUGUCGGUAAACAGAAGAGCGAGCGAGCGAGUCCCCACUCUGCCUAUCCUGCUACGUCACAGGGCGCUUCUACAGGCUGUUUCACAACGUAGUACCGUCCAUGCCGCGGCGCGCGCUUUAAAUCUGUGGCGACGCCGCGUGCAGAUACGUCUCGGCUGCGUUUAUUUUUAGACAAAUGCUUUAAGAGUAUAAGGAAAACAAAAGACGUUAACAUCUUCGAAACAAAACAUUAUAGAGUAAAUAAUAUUAACAUAAGAACAGAAGUCAGAAUUCUACUACAAACAUAGAACCGAAUGCCUAUUCAUGUGAACGUAUGUUCCUCUAUUCGUAAGACGAACCAGAUAUAGUGCUAUCAAUCUGUAGAAUUUAAGGCUUGUUCUUACUUUGUGUUUCGAUUAAAAGGUAGAAGUUUUCUUUGAAGGGGUGCAUUCUUGCAACACGAAGAGUGUUUUAAAAGUAACCAGAAAUUUAUAAUUUCGUGUGUUGUAUUAGUUCGAUUCGCACUGCUUUUUGUCACUGUCUUCGUAAACCUGUCUGAAAAGUAUUUCCAAGUAAAUCCCAUUUCACGCAAUGUCUUGUGUAAAGCAUCUUUCUGCCAAGGAUGUGUAUUUCUUGUUUCACGGCAGUAAGUAAUUUCCGUAAUGUGGGCACUAUUUUUUGCUUUAUUUAAAAGUCCUCCAUCGUUUGUCGAAUGAUUGAUAUUGUGAAACUGUCUAUAACAAUGGGUUUCCUCCCUAAAUUAUUAGUUUUCGUUAGCGGCGAUUCCAGUAAACCAUGCACCUUGUUUUCGCGUUCCUUCCUGAUGUGUCCUAUUUUGGCGAGGCUGACGUUUGCAUAAACUGCAGCCCUUUGAUUGGGACUGGUAAUAUUAGCCAACAGUUCUUUUUGUGUCGCCUCCUGAACACAGGCUGUAAUAACGUUAGAGACGAUCGAACGCUCGUUAAUCCGCAAAUACCUCCUCUUCUACGUAUUCUGCACAUUUUCUUGCAGUGCAGGGCGAUGAGGCGGGUACCGAAGUAUAUCAGUGAGUGUACAAAGUUAACUGAAUGACACUGGCAAACUAAGAUCCCACAAACAGAAAUGACGUAUAUCACUGCACGCCAAACUACACUGCUAGACAGGUAACGGGCAACUGAUUUUGGGUGGCCCUGUAGGCCAGUGGCAGGGUUCUUCCGGGAAAGGCCACUUCCCCCGCCAAAAGCGCUGCUCACUCUUGAAUUUACAGACAGACUAUAAUGAGAUUCCAUUCUACCACACAAAGUAUGCAGUCUAUCUCCGAUAUGGAAUUUCUGGAUAUCUCCUUUUGGGUCAUCUUUGGAAAAGUUCGAGAGUCAAUCUGCUCUACGGCACCAAAGGACAUGCUAUGACAUUGAUAUUGGUAAACUUAGACUUCACGUAUCAUUUCUCCCGCACAUUUUUUUUAUGUUCUUUCUCAUUCUGCCGCUCAGAGCUACACCACGUUAAGUUGCAUAAAACCUAUCUGUUCGUUGUCUAUACCUGUAUAAUCAUUUUGGUGAUGAGUCCAACUGCCUUUACCAUGCAGAAGAACUAGUUACGGUAUGAAAUUUUGUAAUACGGUUUAUGUUUAUUUUCUCAUUUAUUUGUCCAAAAUUAUUUUUCAUAUUUCAUUUAAUUUAUUUCACUUUCUUAAACUAUUUUGUAUGCCUGUUUUUGACUGUAACUUGUGAAAAUUAUCAUCUAAUUGUAUCUAUUACGUGUUUCCUCAUUUUAAUGUUUAUUGAUAUUGUUAUCUUCGUAAGUACUUUAUCAGUUAAAACAUUGUUUAGUUCUACGUUCAAAAAUUGUACUAUACCUACUACGCGUAAAUAUUCUGUAAUCUGCAAACAGAUAUUUGUUAAUCACCUUUACUUACAUAAAUUAACACAUCGCUGCCAAUAAAAUUGGUCUUUUUCGUAUUUUGACAAUUUUAAUAAAAUCUCUCUUUUUACUUCCCA